AUGAAUCAACCGACAAAGGUGGUGUACCUUGGGUCACUUCCUUUUGAUCAAACUGAACAGCAGGUGCUAGAAGUUGCAAGAAGUGUGGGGCCUGUAGUUGACUUCAAAUUAUUUUUUGAUCAAGAAACUGGGAAACCGAAGGGCUAUGCCUAUGUGGAGUAUCAAGACAUGGAAACAGCUGCCAGCGCUGUCAGGAACUUGAACAAUUAUACAAUGGGAAACAGAAACAUCAAAUGCUCGUAUUCAGGACGAUUAAGCAUCGAAGAUAACAUAGCAGAAUCAGGCGAUGGGAUCAAACUACCUCCUUUACCUUUAGGAAUUGACUUGAUCGGUACUUCAGACCCGACAGAAUUAACGUUUAAGGUGGUGGAGACUUUGGAGUAUAAUAAGCUCCUUUCUGUACUGAAGGAGGCUCGUUCAAUGGCCAAGACGUCGCCGUUAGCGAUGAAGAAACUUUUGGAUGAAAACCCACAACUGGCCUACGCUCUGGUUCAUGCUGGCAAUCUCACUCAUAAGAUGAGCCCAGAUGAUAUAAAUGCGGUUUUAGCUAAGCCGGUUGCAAAUGGCGUACAGAAUGCUGCUGCACAAGAGUUUGCAAGCCUUCCCCUUCAAGCACAGGAACAAAUACGUGCAGUUUGCGCCUUGACACAGAAUCAAAUAGAGCAACUUCAGCCUUCCGAGAAGAACAUGAUUAUACAGUUAAAGGAGAAAUACUCAAACGUAGUUAAUAAUAUAUAG